GUCCAUCUCGCACAUGCACGAGUCCGGCAAGAAGAAGGAAGACCGCGACAAUAUCGGAGAUCCGCGUUGGAAGUUGCAACAUGCUAACUUCAGGCAACGGCAUGGCCUGCCAUCUCGGUCGCCCAUUCUGCCAGCAGCUGGACAAGUCCUGACGCAGCGUCAGAGGGACAUGAUCAUGUUGAAGCAUGCGGUCCAUCGAGGGCCAUGGCCUUUGGCAGUAGACGUCAGUCAGUCCCUGGGCUGGGGCUCCAGCUGUGCUCGUGCAUGCCCAUGCCUCGCCACGUCCUCGAAGAUCGCCAUCGUUUAUGCCGAUGCUUCUUUUCAUAUGCUCACGGACAAGCAAGCUAUGAACUUCAUGGGGCUCGGGGCCCUGUCCAUCCCCAAGGAGUGUAGCGGCAGCAUGACUGACCUGCUCGGAAACGGGAUGCAUGCGGACUGCGUUGGACUGGCUGUGGGUCUGGCGGUGUCUCUGGUGUCAGCAGAAUCCAUUCCCAAGGACAGGAUGCUGCCGCCGUCGUCUACGUCUGUCUUAUUCUUGAAGUGGGAGCAGGCCAAGGAUCGCUACACGCUCGCUCCGCAUGCCGGGCAAAAGCUGAAGCAGAAAAACAACCUAACAGGAAAGGCCACUGGCAAGAGGAGCGCUACCAAGAAGGUAUCCCAGAAUCAGAAGACGCCGUCGCAAAAGAAUGAAGCCAGGGGCAAUUCAUCCGCCAAGCCCCGCUCAUCUUUGCCCAUCAAGCCAAAACUUCUCGAUUCCACGAUGACUUCUCCAUUCCACGACGAGGCGGCACCAAAGACAAAGGCUGCCAAAGUGGACAGCAAAGACGCCCUCGACCCCAAGAACGCCGUCAAGGAUGAUGCUCGCCUGGACGGCGCGAGCCUCACCGACACUGGCGUGCUGAAGGUCAGCACAAGUGCCGAUCCCAUGGGCUCCCACGAACCGGUCGAGCAUCUUGUGCCGGCAGCCCCGAGUCUGCCAGCUGACGACGAGUCUGCGCUGCCCUUCCUCAAGAAGAUGCUCCCAUGGCUGUCGUGCCGACUGUUGGAGUGGAUCCCUUCCCACAUGCCGGAGCUGGGGAAGCCUUCCGCCCUCGCGGACUUGGAGCCGCUCAAGAUUGGGUCGAACGAGAAGGGUUUCAAGGAGGUGUACAACUUGGACAACAUGGCGGUUGGCCUGCGUUCCAUGAACCUCUACGAGGCCGGCUUCACCUUGUGGAUGGCGGACUUGAGGCCUGAUGAGGAGGACGAGGAGCUCUGGUGCGUGUACCAGGACUUCUGUGAGAAGGUCUUUCGCACCACAUCCGCCGUCGUCCUCUUCCCCAUGACUCUGGCGGUGUUGGUCGAGAGCGUGCCAGCAAAGAAGCCCUGCAACAUGCCCAUCCUAGCGGGGCGCAAAGUUGCCUUGGGCUUGGCCUGUGCGCUGACGCAGUCGCUGAUGACCAGCAACGACAACCUGACGAAAGAUCUGUUGAAAUGCAGCCUUUCGGUCACCAUGCGGAUGCACAUGGGACUGUCCACGGAGGAGAAGUCAGACAAGCUUAAGCUGCAGACAUCCGUGAACUUGCAGUUCAAAAGCGUCGGGAACUUGGUGAAGGACACAUGGCUGUCCUGGGCCAGGCGAAUGCUGCGGCUCAUCAAGUUGACUGGAAAAAAGCUCGCAGCCAGUGACAAGGGAGCCCAGUGGCUGCAGUCGCUUGGCGUCGCGUGGAACGGCGCGAUGAAUAAGAACGUGGCCCAGGCAUUGGCGAGCAUGCAGAACACGUUGUCGGAGGAGUCUCUGCUUCUUCUGCGUGAAUUGGAGAUGAGGCACACAGCAGCUGUCCUCACAGACGAUUAUUCCAAGCUUAACAGGGUCUUGAAGAUCGUGACCGGCUGCUCCGCCUUGAACGAAGUGGGCGUCUCAGCGGAUGAGGCGUUUCAAUACGUAGUAAGGGCCAUGAUGCUGGCCAUGAAUCGCGCCAUCGUGACUGCCGCCUUCUUCUCGGUCUCCGUCCUCGAUCCGGGCUCUGGCAAGAAUGGGUGGGUUGCGGUGUCGCUAGGACGGGCGAGAACCGUCCUGUGGAUCCAGAACAUCGUCGGCCACAUGAAGGACUCAAAGGCCAAGGAUGAGCUGCAAAGCUUGUUGUCAGACUUCCUCGAUCCGCUGGCGUUCGACCAGGCCUAUCCAGAGUUGAACGCCGAGAAAGGGGACACGGACUCCCCGCUCACCGUGGCCAUCAACAGUGCCAAGCACGCGUGUGCGAAAAAGGCCCUUCAGGUCCUGCACGAUGUGACGUUGGGGGUUCACGACGAGGGCAUUUCCAUCCUUCUGAAUGAGCUGGAGGAGAAGCUGUCGGCGCAUCAGGAUCAGAAGGAGGGCACCGCGGAGUUCCUGGACGCCAUCGAUCAGCUGGUUUUGUCAAUGGACCAGGCGCUCUCCUCCACAGACGACAAGGCACUCCACUCAGGCCCGCCAGCGCUGAGUCUGCGACAGCUCGCAAAGACAAAGAGCGACCCAAUGGAUGCUGGGAAGCUGGCCGAGAGAGCCGAGGCGUGGAAAAAGGCGCAGGCGGCACGCCGUCGCCUGAUCCAGUUCGUGACUCCGGCUUCGAAGGCGGAUCUGACCAAGAACGUUGAGCGAUUCAUGAAGCAGAGCAAGCUGCGAUUCGGGUUGAACGACAAACAUGUUCUCUACAUGCUGUGUCUGGACUGUGCUGGAGAGUCCUCCAACAGCAGAACGAAUCCCCCCUGGAAACUCCCCGGGCAGAUUGCGAAGCUGGAAGGGUCAGGUCUGGACACAACCUGGGACUUUGUGAACACCAUGACCCAGGAGCCCUUCGAGACGCUCUUCAUCUUCGAUGGUAGGAGUCGCCUUCGCCGUCGCCUCGCAAACCCCAAGGUCUCCAACGAGGAGGCGCUGUCCGAGGCCUUGCUGUGCUUCCAGCCGAAGAAGGCGAACCAGGAGGAGAAGGCAGAGAGGGUGAGGCGCACGGUGCUGUCGCAGCAGCUGCACGAGACUGUCCUGAUCAGAUUCGGAGCGUCCCGGUCGAAGAUCGAGUCAGGCAACAACACUCUGUUCGGCACGGUGACCGAACAGGUGUUGUUGCCGAGUCACCUGCCCAGGAUUCGGCAGAGCUCGAAGCGUGCCCUUCUCAACAUCAAGGACAAGGACAUGCCGAUGGCGCCCCCCGGAAUGAACGAGGAUGAGUCCGUUCCGCUGUGGUGGGGGGAAAGCAAGUCCACGUCCUUUUGGGAAAGCUGGAUCCAAAACUGGAAAGGCGCCCUCGUCGUGGACCUCAAAGCGACCACCCAAUUGCCCAUCACAUGCCUGAAGCUCGGGGUGCCCUACCUGGGCGUGACUUCCAACGAGGAGCACUUGACCUUCAUGAACAACAUCUCAGAUCUUCACGCCCUGCAAUCCAUCGUCAAGCAAGGCCAUUGCUUGUACGAGCAGGAUUUGUCGACUUGCAUCAAGGCUUUGUUCGAGGACGAGCUCUGCGGAGUGCAGGAGAAGAUGCCGGACCUUGAGGACGAUGACGACUAA